CAGCAACCCUCGCGGUAGAAACGUCAACCACCGCCCUUCGUCUCACAGACUGAAAAUGGCGUCUGCUACUCGCGUUAUUCAGAAGUUACGGAACUGGGCAUCUGGGCAAGACCUGCAGGCGAAGCUGCAGCUACGCUACCAGGAGAUCGCCAAGCGGACCCAGCCACCUCCUAGACUUCCUGUGGGCCCCAGCCACAAGCUCUCCAACAAUUAUUAUUGUACUCGUGAUGGCCGCCGGGAAGCUGUGCCCCCUUCCAUCAUCAUGUCCUCACAAAUGGUAUUGGUUGCAGGCAAGACAGCAGAGAGCUCAGCUGUGGCAGCCACUGAGAAGAAAGCAGUGACACCUGCUCCUCCCAUAAAUAAGUGGGAGCUGUCCAAGGACCAGCCUUACCUACCCUAAGCCACCUGGUCAUAUUCCCAGGGCCACCCGAAUGCUUUUACUCCUUGGAGUCCUUCUGGAGAGCAUGUGACCUAAUUUAUAACAAAUACAUGGAACUCUAUCAUUC